AUGAGGAUAAUCGACCCUCAAACAGCCGUUUUGACCAAUGUCGAGGUCCUGGCCUACUUGACCUCCAACCCACCCCGCCGACCACCGAACCCGCCGCCAGGUGCCCGAAAUUGGGUUCCAAGCCCUGAUCUUAGAGACCAUAAUACAGUGGUCAAGGAGAUUCACAACUAUGCUAGCCGUCUGUCUCCUCACCUUCUUCGAUACCCUCGCUACACAGCGCGUCCCUCGUCAUCUCAUUCCCAAUUACAAUCACAAGCCGCCAUGACCAGUACACUACAAGCCUCAAACCCAGCCACAGACUCAGAAGCAGCGACUUUGCCGCCACCAGUCUCUUCUGAAGAAUCAACACCAAUGGAUAAUGCUCUUUAUGACUUAAUCGUCCGCCUGCAGCCCUAUGGACUCACCAAGGCUGAGGUCAUCAUGAUCCUCAAUCUUGGUCUGGGCUUGAGCAGCAGCACUGGCGCUGAGACAGCAGAAGGCGAAGAGACUACCAAUGGAGAUGGAGCUAUGGAAGUUGAUGAACAGAAUGGAGAAGGAGAGGGUGGUGAAGAGGCCGAGGAUUCGGAGCAAGCACAGGCUGAUUACACUGCAGAGGUACUGCUGGAUGCUGUUGUUGAAGAGCGGGAGUUGCGCUUCUCGGACGAUGAUAUGAAAGCUAUCUUUGCCAUCAUCCGUGAAACGUUGACCGCUGACUACGAGAACGUGAAAGGCUGA